AUGUCCAGAUUCAACGACCACCACAGGAAGUUCAUAGUUGAUCUCCUUAUCGAAAAUCACAGGCGGCACGGCUACAAGGGCAGCCAGAUAAAAAUCGUGGCACCCUACAUGGCUCAGGUUGUCCGCAUAAGACAAACCCUCUACAAAGCCGGUCGUGACGGACUUCUCCCAGCAUCCGACCUCCCGAUUGUUGCGACCAUCGACGCUAUGCAGGGGAAAGAGUCCGAUUUGAUCAUCCUUGACUGGGUUGUUUCGCAGUCAGACUCAAACAAGGACCUCGGUUUUACUGUCAAUGAUAGCCGCGGCAACGUUGCAAUGACACGCAUGCGUGAAGCAAUGAUGAUCCUCCUACCAGAAGCAGUAGGCAGGGGUGCAAAGAGCCAAGGAAAACCAAUGCAUUACACGCAUUAUGGAGAUCGCGUUGAGGCCAAGGCUCCUUAUCCUUCUGAGCUUGUGCGAUUCGUUUUUGACAAGUUAAUGCUGCUAUUCGUCGACAACCCUCUGCCACCUUCCGAACUCCAUUCCGUCGCAGACGAGAACGACACAUGGAAUCCCGAAGACGCGGUCGAUGAAGCCGAAGGUAAUAACACUGGGGGUGGCUGGUCUGCGGAGAGCUCUGAACAGACUGAGUGGAGAGGUGGCCUCUGGUAG